AUGCGGUCCUCUACCGUUUUCUCGGUACUAUCGACACCGUUCCUCCUCCUCAACCUUGCCGGAAAUGCGAUCGCAAGCCCGCUAAUAGCGGCUGAGCGCAGCCAAUGUUCUAAUCCUUGCGGGUGGGGAAACGAAUACUGCUGUGCUGCUAAUGAAGCAUGCACAACCAGCGACGGCAAAGCAUUGUGUGUAGCUGGAGGAGGUAGUGGUGGUGGUGGCUGGGAGUACUUUACAACUACUUGGACCGCUACCGAGACUGAAACAACCACAAUCGUUUCAGUAUGGAGCUCUUCCGCCCCAGCGAUAACUCCGGCACCCACGGGAAGCGGCACUUGUCAAGUUACACUGGGCUGGACGGUUUGUGGUUCAAGCUGUUGCGACAAGACCCAGGAGUGUAUUGAUGGACAGUGUGUUGACGAGAGUUCUUCGGCUGCAGUCACUGGCGAGCCUACACCCGGAAUACGACCCACAAGCAGUGGUGCCUCGACUGUAACCCAGACCUCUGCGCCAACAACUACCGAAGGUUUCAUUGCCCCUGUUGGAACAGACGGUGCAGAUCUCAUUGGAGCCAAGGCAACAAGCAGCGGCGGGGGCCUUAGUGGCGGUGCGAUUGCUGGAAUCGUUAUCGGUACGAUUGCAGGAGUGAUUUUGCUGCUGCUUCUCUGUGCUUGUCUGUGUUUCAAGGAGGCACUGGAUGGUAUCCUCGCAGCCCUGGGCAUCGGCAAGCGCCGUCGGAAGGAAACUACGACUUAUGAGCACUACUCGCAUCAUUCAAGUGGCACUCGCCCGCGUCCUCAGGGCCGGACAUGGUUCGGAGCCAGGCAAAGCGAUAGCGAGGUCAGCGAAAAGAAGUCCAGCGGCAAAGGUUGGGCUUAUGUUGCCAUCGUUCUGGGGGCGUUGGCCUUGUGUCUUGGUUUGAGACGACGUAGGGAAGAACAUGACGAUGGCAGCACCUCCUACACAUACCCAAGUUCCUAUUAUUAUUACUCAGAAUAUAGUAAGUCGAAAGUCCCUGGUCCCUAG